AUGGCAAAACAAUCCGAAAAGAAAAUUGCGCAUGAAAAUUUGAAGUAUUUACAAAAUUUAAAACAAGGUUUCUUGAUUGUCAAUUUAAUAUAUUUUAUAUAUCGAAUACUUUAUCACUAUGACACUUUUACAAUAUGGACAGCAACAAAAUAUAGUUUAACAUUGGCAGUAAGUUUAUUCUUGUGGAAACAAUUGAUUAGCUAUGGUACACCAAGAUAUAGAUAUGAUGGUAGCAUUGAUUGGUCUGGUCAAGAUCUGAAUUCUGAAGGAUUGACCGCGUAA